CCCUCUCUCUCUCUCUCUCUCUCUCUCUCUCCUCCCUCCCCAUAUUUUUUGGUCUAUAUGGACUUUUUCAUAACUAGUUGAUCGAGUUGCUACAGCCAUGAAGGUGAAGGGGUUUGCCUGCAAGGCAGACACGACAAAGGAUGACUUCUUCAUAGGAUUAGUCUUCCUUGGAGCCACCAACAACAGUAUGAGAUCCCUGAUGAUGGGGGCCAACGUAGAGAAGAUCCCACGGCUCGACAGCCUCAGCAUCUUCAUAUCCUGCAUCGACUAUGCCCCCAAUGAGCUCAACCCUCCGCACACUCAUCCCUGUGUCACCAAGAUGACCUUCAUCCUCGACGUCAGCUUCAUCACCACUGCCAACAAGGUUAUCACCAAGACCAUUACCAAGGACGAUGUCUUCAUCUUCCCUCGUGGCCUUAUCCACUUCCAGAAGAACAAUAGCGAUGCCCCCACCGUUGUUAUCGCUAUCUUCAACAACAAGCACCCGGGCUUGGAGAAGGCAAUCAGGGUGCCGAGGUUUCGAGAAUAUUUCGAGGAAGGAAAAGGGGUGGUGGAGUAUGCUGUUGCAGUAGCGGCGACCAAGGCGAACAUGUGGUGGUUGGCGAAGGAGCAGAUGCAGGAGAUUGGGAGGCUCGGGGAGGGCGGGCGCCGAUGGAUGCUCCAAUAAGUGGAUGCAAUGGCAGCCAUGCAGGUGCAGCUAGGGGGUCAGCGUGGGUGGCAGCAUGGGAGUGGGAUGUGGUAGCGCCUAGCAUCACCAUGGUGUUGCACCGAUGGUCAAGGCAAAGGUGGUUUUGGGCAUGGGCGGUGAGGUCGUAGGUGACUUGGAGGUGGAGAUGCACCACCAGUUCAUGUGUUUGGGAUGGUGGGGAUGCUGGACAUAUAUGGAAGGUGGAAACUGGAAAUGGCUAAGUUCAACCUUUUACAUAUUGUAAACAGUUAUACUAAUGAUGUUAAUUGAAUUGGGGAUAAGUAUAAGUUUUUUAAACCAUCGGGUUUAAGUGUAAUAAACGUAAAUCUCAGGGUGGGUUUGUUAUUUACUUUAAAUUAUAUAAGAAGCCUUGAAAGAAGCCAACUUUAAAGUUUCAAGGGUAGAUGUGAACAUUACUCUCCUUCUUAUAAUAUCUACAUAAGGGUGGCAGAUAGGGCAUCCUAAGCAAGUCUAUUAUUAGUCAGAGUCUUCGCACUCAGCCAAAAAUCCACCGUGAUGGCAUUAUUCUUUGCCUUUCUUGAAAUUUUAGCAUAAAGCUCAUCAUUUCAUCAGCUAGUUUGACCAUAAGAUAGUGAAGAAGAAUAUGCUCUAGAGUCUUAUCCUGAAUAUAUUAAAUAUCUCUAUGUUCUCCUAGUCAUUUCCAUCUAACAAGGUUUUCUCUUAAUAGAAAUUUGUUGUUCACAAUCAGUCAAUGUAAAGCGUCAACCUCCAACGGGAUGGGACAACCAUAAAAUGGAGAAAUCCUUUAUGCACUUUGCUGUUGUUUAAGAAAACUUAUACAAAGAUCACCCAGUAAAUGCAUUAGAUGAAUCCCAUUUCCAUACUCUUAAAAUAUUACCAGCUCCUAUGUAGGUGUUAAACUGAUUAAGAAUCUGCAUCUUGGUUAUAUUUAUCUCCAUUUUUAUGGUUUUUGAAAGUGUUGACAUUUUUGAACAUUUGGACAUGGUAGGAUAUGUAUGACUAGGCGCUCUAACCUGAAGUGUCUUGGUCACAUCAGCAAAAAGUGCCAACACUUGGAAACUUUUUUUGACGUUUCUUUUGGGAGACUCAAGUGCUAGACACUUUCAGUGAAGUGUCAUAGUUAUCGGGUCUCUUUUUUCUGGAAAAUAGAAGGUUUGUCAUUUAUUUCUUCUUCUUCUUCUUCUUCUUCUUCUUCUUUUUAUUAUUUACUUUUGUAAGUUAGCUUAGCUCAAUUAUCUCCUAAACAUUUAAUGCUUCAGAUCUUCAUGAAGCAAAUUAACUACCUAUUUUGCAUUAUUUGCUUGCUUAACAUGAUCGCCAACUCAUACUGAUGCGCAACAGUGCAAGUCGAAUUCAUCAUUCAUUCUGCCUCUUGACAUGCAUGAAUAAUUUGUUGUCUGAAGCAACUUAGUUCAAAUAAUAACUUCAGAAGAUUGACAGGAAAGUUUUGGAGACUUAUGAGGCAAAAAAGGUGAAAUCUUGCCAGCUGUGGGUUACUAGUCCAGGCAUCGACUAAGUGCUUACCAAAGGAAGUUACCCAGAGGUGGAAGUCCUAGGGUUUGGUUCCCUUGAAGACUUCUUAUCUAAUAAAAAAGACUUCUUAUCUAAUAAGGAUUGUUUUUCUCUAAGUCAAUUAUGGUUUAUUCUAUUCUCAGGUCAGGAGUCCUUAUGCAUCUCUUUUCAUUCAUUCUGGAAGUUUGUAUAUUUGUUUCACCAUUUGCUUUUAGUGGUCUCUACUCAUUGUAGUAUUGGGCACCAUGGGGAUCAAAAUUUAUAACUUAAUUGAUGAACUCUUUGUAAGUCUAAAAAUGGCCCUUCUGGACUCAAAUCAGCUAGUUUAGUGGCUCUUCGUAGCCAGGAAGAGAUCUCCAUAAGAACAAAUGGAGCCUUGUGUAGGAGCAGUUUAUUGUGUUAUUAGAUCCGAUAAAAGCCCGGCUGAUUUUCUUU